AUGGCCAUAAAUCCUCAAUCUUUUAAGCUGGAAAUUGAUGACCGAAGCGUUGAAGAGAGAAGAAAGGAUACAGAGAGGACGAAUGCCAAAAAGAAGAGGAAUUUCGUUGUUUCUGCACUGGAGAAUGACAGAUCAGAGAAAGACAAGGGGCCCAUGGACUCCAAGUACAUUGAGGACCUGGGGGAGCCAGAAUCCACGAUUAGAAUUAAUUUGGGAUUUUUGAACAGGAAUAAAGGUGACCCUAACCAGGAGAGCUUGAGGCGGAGGCUGUUUGAAGCUGUGUCUUCCAGAGAUGUCACACAGCUUCAGGAAACAGAGGAGUAUCUGAAGAGAAAUGGCAAAUUGCUUUCUGACUCUGUCUAUCGUUUGGAUGGCAAAACUCCCUUGGUGAAGGCUCUACUCAACCUGAAAAAGGGGGAAAAUGAAACAGUGAAAUACCUUCUGGACAUUGCUGAGAAAAUGGGAGACCUGCAGGAGUUUAUCAAUGUUGCUCAUACUGACAGCUACUACUUUGGCCAGACUGCCCUUCACGUAGCCAUUGAGAGAAGGAGUAAAUACUUUGUUGAGCUUCUGGUUGAGAAAGGUGCUGAUGUCCAUGCCAAGGCCUGUGGGAAGUUCUUUCAGUUGCGUGAUGGACCCUGCUUCUAUUUUGGAGAGCUACCAUUGUCCCUGGCUGCCUGCACCAACCAGAGGGAGAUAGUUGACUUCCUGUUGGAAAACCAGUACCAGAGUGUAGAUGUACGCGAGACAGACUCACAGGGCAACAUGGUUCUCCAUGCUCUGGUUGUGGUCGGAGAUAACAGCUCUGAGAACACAGAUUUUAUUAUUAAGAUGUAUGACCACAUCUUGACCAAAGCUGCCCAGCUUCACCCAAAAGUCAAGCUGGAGGAAAUCAAGAACAACCAGGGCCUCACACCAAUUAAACUCGCAGCCAAGACAGGCAAGAUAAAGUUGCUUGAACACAUGAUGCAUCGAGAGUUCCAUGGGCAGGAGAGCAUUCGCUUCUCCCGCAAGUUCACUGAGUGGGCCUAUGGGCCCGUCUAUGGUUCACUAUAUGACCUGGGAUCUCUGGACUCUUUUGAGAAGAACUCUGUGCUGGAGAUAGUUGUCUAUGGCAGCGAAAUCCCAAAUCGGUUGGAAAUGCUUCAAGUGGAGCCACUUAAUAGACUGUUGGAUGAGAAAUGGAACAGAUUCGCACAUCGAAUCUUUCUCUUCAGAUUUGUUAUGUAUUGUCUGUACCUCUGCAUCUUCACGAGCGUUUCGUACUUUGGAAACAGGAAAAUGUUACUAGAUAUCGGGAGGAAACGUCCGAACUUGCAAUCUUUGCUGAUCGAUGGAUACUUUGAACUGAUUUUUUUCCUUCAGGCUCUGCUCUGCAUCAUCUCCUUUGUGCUCUACUGGUGUGGCCAGAAGGAACACUUGUGCUUUUUGGUUUUGAGUCUCGUCCUCAGCUGGAUCAACCUGCUCUACUUCUGCAGGGGAUCCAGACACAUGGGCAUCUACAGCGUCAUGAUACAGAAGAUACUUCUUGGUGAUAUCUUACGCUUCCUUUUGGUCUACAUUGUCUUCCUCAUAGGGUUUUCAGCCGCUGUGGUCACACUGAUGGAUGAGCCAGAAGAUCUCAAUAACACAACUUCAGUGUCCAGCAAUCAAACGUCUCUUCGGCCUGAUAGUGACUCUGAUGAAAGUGAGAAGCCAACUUUCAAGAGCUUCCACUUCACUACUCAGGAGCUGUUCAAGUUCACCAUAGGCAUGGGGGACCUGGAGUUCACUGAGCAGUACCGCUACACAGAGAUGUUCUAUGUGCUUCUCAUCUCCUACAUCGUCCUCACCUACAUUCUGCUCCUCAACAUGCUCAUCGCCCUCAUGAGCAGCACUGUGGCAGGUGUCUCAGAGGAGAGCACCAACAUUUGGAAACUACAGCGUGCCAUUACUAUCUUGGACAUGGAGAGGAUUCUACCACUGGGCCUCAGGAAGAGGCUGCGUUGUGGGGAGAAGAAAGACCUAGGUGGCUCCGCAGGUGAUGAGUGUCGAUGGUGCCUCAGAGUUGAGGAAAUGACAUGGAACCAGGUGGGAGUCAGGGACACCAUUUGUGAGGAUCCAGGGAGCCACAAAUCCAUGAAGAUGUCAACACCUGCACCCACAUCAGAGAAGGGAAAGGGCUGGAGCUUGCUGAGGAGAGUGGGUCUGACUCGUCGUGCUUCCAACUCUGAGCGUGGCCAGACGAGUCUGCAGUCACCUGGCCAGGCCUGA